AUACCCAGACCAACCGCAAGCAUGAUCCAAGGUUCCCGUUCAGCAAACACCAGGAAAGAUAUUCUGCUCAACAUCUCCCUCUUACUUUUAGCGACAAAUUUAGACAAAAGUUUCCAGUUAGUGCUUAGUGACUGCGGAUCAGAAUACAGACGUCCAGAGUACACAGACAUCUCUGUAGACUGUGGAACGGAGUACAUCAAUGUGGCUAUCAAAUUCUGUCCUGUCAUGUACACUGGCUACAACGAAUCAGAGUUAAUCCUCAACAACGUCAAGAAUAACCCAGACUGCAGGGCGACCCUCGAUACUUCUGUAUUACCUCCCAUGGCCCGAUUUAGGUUCCCAAUCAACUCAACCAAUGCCUGUGGCAGCAACUUUGUUACAAUAAGGAGUGUAGGCACAGGAGUAUUCUCUGACUUCUCCAACAUCGAGAUGGUCAACAUCAGUGGAACUGUACAAUCAAAUGUCAUCACAACAGGCACUGUGACGUAUAACGCUGAGCUGAAGUACUACUACUCGUGUGCCUAUCCUCUGGAGUACCUGAUCAACAACACUCGGGUGGAUGUGUCAGCCUCCUCGAUUGCAGUAAAAGACAACAAUGGCAGUUUCAUCAGCACUUUGCGUCUCAAACUCUUCAAAGACAUAAACUUUACAGAGCCUCUCAUCAUACCUUCCCUCGGUAUUGAGCUGAGGACAAAUGUGUUUGUGCAAGUGGAGGCCACCAACUUGACCUCCCAGUACUUUGUGCUGCUGGACAGAUGCUACGCUUCCAUUUCCACUACACCCACCACCACAAACUUCUUCAACCUCUUUGUGCCAUGCAGCAGUGAUCAGUUCACUAAAAUGCUGGUGAAUGGGGAGAUGCAGAUUGCUCGGUUCUCGUUUCCGGCCUUCCGCUUUACAGAGCAGCAGAACCAAACAGUAUCGACAUACUAUCUGCACUGCAUCACAAGACUGUGUGAAAUAUCAUCCUGCAGUACAUUUAAGCAAUGUGGCAACCGAAAAAGGAGAGACGUUGUGCCUUUGACCACCACUCCUUCUCCAAAUGGAGUCACAGAUACCACCACCAUCACAUCACCAGCCAUCGUCAUACGCUCAGAAAACGUGGUGGCAACAAAAGAGGAAGAUGUCACAAUCAGCACCAAAAAACCUUCAGACAUCUCUGUGGGUCUCGGCGUGGCUGUGGGCAUCCUGGCAUUCGCCUGCAUCAUGACUGUAGCAAUGGGAGCAGUUUUCUACAAGAGAAACUUGCACAACGCACCUUCAAAAAUGCUCCGGUGA